AUGGCUCGAGAUAGCCCCGAGAAGAUUUCCGCCCUGCCGCAGACGUCCGUAAACCCAAGUACCAACGAGGACAAUGAGAAAGAGGCUGGAGAAAAGCAUGAGGUCCCCUCCGACGUGCGGUCCAUGAACUCGACUCAUUCGGCGGCUCCAAGUGAACAAUCUACAAUCGGUGACAGCCAGGACAUUGAAAUUGCGGAUGAUGUUUUGCAAAGAACCAUCACCCCGAAAAGUCCUCUCGUGAAGGUCCCUCGCUCAAAACGGCGUGGGCUCUUUUCGCGCUUCGCCCUCGUUGCGGAGGUCACCCAGCCGUUCGAUUACAAAGAUUCGACAAAAUGGUUCAUUACUUUCAUCGUUGCAGUGGCAGCCGCGGCUGCCCCCCUUGGAAGUGCUAUCAUUCUGCCAACCCUUGACGAUGUCGCUAAAGAUCUCAAUUCGACGCCCACCAUAACCAAUCUGUCGGUCGCUCUGUACAUGCUGAGUAUGGCCAUUUUCCCGCUUUGGUGGUCAAUGUUCUCGGAGGUAUUCGGGCGGCGGUCAAUCUAUAUCGUCUCCUUUGCACUCUUCGUCCUCUUUGCCGUGAUCAGCGCCGAAUCCCAGUCGAUUGGUAUGCUGGUCGCUAUGCGAAUGCUUUCAGGAGGUGCUGCUGCCUCUGUCCAGGCCGUGGGUGCGGGAACCAUAGCCGACAUCUGGGAAUCGAGAGAAAGGGGACGAGCCAUGGGCACGUUCUAUCUGGGUCCUCUUUGUGGCCCCUUGGUGGCACCGAUUGUGGGUGGCGUUCUCGGACAGCAUUGGAAUUGGAGGGCCACUCAAUGGGCACUUGUGAUUUACGGCGUUUUGAUCUGGGUUUUUGUGUUUUUCGCUCUCCCAGAAACCCUCAAAGCGCAGAAGGAAGUUGUUGACGAAGCCGAAAAUGAGACUUCUGACCAACCAGGGGCAUCCUUAAGCCGGACCUCGACCCGGGAGAUUGUCCAGCAAAGCAGCAAAAAGUACCUAAAAGUGCUCAAAAUGUUGCUCGUAGAUCCACUGCGGGUCAUACUGUACAUCAGGUUCAUGCCGGUCCUGUUGACGGUUUACUAUUCGGCCAUCACGUUUGGUUCGCUCUACGUGUUGAACAUCAGUGUCCAGUAUACGUUCGAGAGGCCGCCUUAUGAGUUCUCAACCAUUAUCAUUGGAUUGCUCUAUAUCCCAAACUCCCUUGGAUACAUGCUUGCCAGCAUGUUUGGCGGCAGGUGGAUGGACUCCAUCAUGAAACGGGAGGCGCUGAAGGCACGUCGGAUAGACGAGAACGGCAAACUGGUCUUUCGUCCGGAGGAUCGCAUGCGAGAGAACGCGUGGCUUGGUGCCCUACUCUAUCCUGUUGCCUUGAUCUGGUACGGUUGGACGGCUGAGAAGGGGGUACUUUGGAUAGUUCCCAUGCUUGCCAACUUUUUCUACGGCGUGGGGUCCAUGCUUAUUUUCGCCAUGUCGACCACGAUGUUGACGGAAUUCAUGCCACGACGAUCAUCUUCUGGGGUCGCUUUGAACAACUUUUGCCGAAAUAUCCUGUCGUGUGUUGGUGCAAUUGUUGGGGCUCCCAUCAUCUCGGGCAUUGGCAAUGGCUGGCUCUUUACUAUUCUGGGCAUCUGGACACUGUCUGGCGCAUCGGUGAUAUGGGCCAUGAAACGAUUCGGCCCUCGGUGGCGAGAGAAGAUGGACAGAGAACUUGACUGA